AUUUCCCUAGCACAAGAUAAAUAAUAACUAUACGCGAGUACGGCUAUACUUAAACUGUUGGCUCUGCCCAUGUUACAAUGUCGGAAGUGGUCCUUGGACCAAGUCCAAUAGAUGUCUCUGCCUUAUGGAACUUUCCACGGAACUUUCCAUUGGCAGUGAUACCACUUCCUCCGGAGCACAACUUCCCUUUAGGUGGAAGCUGCGGGCGCAUCCCCUCCUGUCGCGGAUUCGCGGUUAUUAAUUAUAUUUGGCUAUGUUUUUGUUAUAUUUAAAGUUCGCGAUCUCGAUAAUAUUCGGCUGCUAGGUUUGUUAUCUUGAAGAUUCAAAAGUUUUUGUUAUUGUUUUUAUUCGAAAAUAAAUAGAGGACGAAAAGGGUUCGUAUUGAAGCGAUUAAAUCAAUCGCCCUUAUUGUUGAAUUCCUUUUUCGUUAUGGUAGCAGGCUGAUCCUAAAUAAUCGUUCGUUUCGUCCUCCGAAUUCGUUGGUAAAUUCCAAAAAUGCCGGAAACCAGCGAAAAUGCCGAAAAGCUAAAAGCGUUAUCCACCCAAAAGUCCAGACUUCGUUCUUCACUGACUAGAAGUAUGUCAUACGUAAGUGAGAAGCUGGCGACGGCAGAUUUUAACGAAGUUAAAGUGAAAUUGACAAUGGUCGAAGAUAUAUAUAAAAAUUAUCUUGCUUUACUUGACGAAUUCGACAACUUCGAAGUUCCGGAUCUGGACCCUUUCAUAGAAAAAUUCGAAGAUGACUACAUCGCCAUUAAAGGUAAAUUAGAAAGCAGUAUCGAAAAAUUCUCUAAUAGCAGUGCUGUUCCAGGUUUUAAAAGACAGUGUACAACUGAAUCUGGUGGUAGCGGUAGUUGUUGUUCUUCUUCAAAAGCUACGAUUAAGUUACCAAAGUUGGAGUUGAAGAAAUAUGGUGGUAAUCUACUUGAAUUCGAAUCGUUUUGGUCUUCGUUCAACUCAGCUGUACAUAAUACUGAUUUAGAAGCAACUGAUAAAUUUACGUACUUGAGAAAUAACCUGGUAGGCGAAGCUGAAUUAUUGUUGAAAGGUAUGGGUACCACUGCUGCAAACUAUCCAAUCGCAUACGAAAUGGUAAAAAAGAAGUUUGGUAAUAAAAAGAAAUUAAUUGAUUUAUUAUACGAUAAUUUAACGAAAAUUCCAAAAAGUAACAAAUGGACUAAAAAUUUGCGAAAUACUUACGAUAAUAUUGAAUCGAAUUUACAUGCUUUAGAAGGUGUAGGUGAAAAUAUUCAAAACAACACCAUACUGUACUCGAUGAUUAUGAAGAAGUUUCCAUUUGAUAUAAUUAUGAAAGCCGAUUUGGAUGUUGCAAGUAACGAUUUAUCCGAAUUGAGGCAGAAAGUUGGCGAAUUGAUAUGGAAACAAGAGCAAUAUUGUGGUACGAAUUGGAGUGAGUCAUCCGAUAAUAAUCCUAAUAAAAAAGAUUUUUUCAAAGGUACUACAGAGAGCUUGAUAACUGGUGAUAGAAAACCGAGUAAAAAAUGUAUCUAUUGUGGUGAAACGUCACAUUAUUCCGAUGAAUGCAGCAAAAUAACGACAUUGGAAGACCGAAGAAAGAAAUUGAAUGGUCGUUGCAUCAUUUGUUUGAAUCCUGGUCAUCUCGCUAAAGACUGUACGGUAAACAAACCAUGUGUACAUUGUAAGAAACGUCGUAGUCAUCAUCGUAGUUUAUGUAUUAAAUUAUUUUCAAAAGAAGUUAGUAAUCCUGAACCAACUGAAUCUUUACUAAUGAAAGAUCAAGAAGGUAACCUGUUAGCAGCCACAAUCAACGUUGGUAAUGAAAGUCGUGUUCAGAAAGUUACCUCAAUUCUGGAUAGCGGUUCAAGAAGAUCGUACAUUACUACGAGGUUGGCCGAUAAAUUAAAAUUGAAGCCUCUUCAUUAUGAAACGAUUAGAAUUUCUACGAUUUGUUCCGAAGCUCCUCGAGAAAUUUCAACCAAGGUCGUUAGUUUAGAUAUUUUUACAAAUGAUGGUGAAAAAAUAAAAAUCACUGCAAAUACGAUACCUAAAAUUAUUAAUCGAAUAAAUCACCACGAUAUUAAGUUAGAUUCCAGAUUCAAGAAAUUCAAGCUCGCUGAAGUUGAUAAAAAUCUUGUACCUGAACUCCUGAUUGGAAAUGACUACAUGUUCGAUUUUAUGGUCAUGGAAAAAGUAAUUAUUGAUGAUUCAACUUCGUUAAUCAAUUCGAAAUUUGGAUGGCUGGUUGUUGGUCGAAUCGAUAAAAACCACGAAACUCCAGUUUUCUUCUCCGAGAUUGAAAUGGUAGAAAACCUAUGGAAAUUAGAUGCGAUUGGGAUAGAUGAUUCAACCUCAGUGGAGGAUAUUGGCGAUGAACUUGCGGUAAAAAGUUUUUAUGAUAAUAUAGAAUUGAUAGAUAAUCGUUAUGAAGUAGCUUGGCCCUGGAAAGAGUACCCUCCUGAUUUAAAAUCGAACAAAGGGCUCGCCUACGGUCGUUUGAAAUCUCAGAUGAGAAAAUUCGAAAAGAACAAAGAAUUAUUCGACGAAUAUGACAAAGUGAUCAAAUACCAAGAGUCUCAAGGUAUUAUCGAACGAGUCAACGAAUCUAUCAACGAUAAAGAAGAUUUAGUUCAUUAUCUUCCGCAUCACGAAGUUCUGACACCAGAAAGAAUUGUGAAGAAAAUUGAUAAAUCGUUCAAUUAUCGCUACGUUCCAUCUGCUGAAAAUCCUGCUGAUAUAGCCAGUCGCGUUGCAGAAGUGCAAGAUUUGAAUUCGUUCUGGUGGGAAGGCCCCACAUGGUUGAAAGAGAUGGAAGUUGCUUGGCCAAAGGCAAUGAAUUUACAAUUUGAAUCCGAACCUGAACCUGAACCAGAACCAGUACUUAUCUCCAAUAAUACAGCUGUAAUUCAGCCUCCUUUUAAAAUCGAUUGUACUCAAUUUAAAACCCUCAACUAUCUACUUGAUGCAACGUUAAGCUACAUGAAAAAUGUCAAUCCGAAUAAUAUUGUUCAGAAAACCGAAGAAGCUUUCAACCAGUGGAUUAUGUAUAUCCAAAACAAAAAUUAUCCUGAUAUUUCGCAACCUAAUCCGCUUGGUUUAAAACGUGAUUCUCAAAAUAUUAUACGUUGUCAUGGACGCCUGGUUGAAUCAUGUCUCGACGAUAAUGCAAAGUUUCCAAUACUUCUACCUGAGAAAGAAUACUUCACUCACUUAUUAAUUGAAAAAAUUCAUAUCGAUAACUAUCAUGUUGGCGUUUCGCAUACUCUCUCUGAAUUGAGAAAAAAUUUCUGGAUUCCAAAAGGCAGAUCGACGGUGUACUACGUUCUAAAAAAAUGUGCUAACUGCAAAUACUACGAUGGUGGUCCAUAUAAAUAUCCUGCAAUUCCUCCGUUACCUGAAUUUCGUGUAAAUCAAAGCAGUCCGUUUUCCUGUUGUGGUAUCGACACAUUUGGUCCUUUAUACGUCAGUGAUAACUCAGUCCAGAAAAAAGUAUUUGUUACAUUACGCACAAUUCCAAAAUUCGUAAUAAGUGACAACGCGCCACAAUUUAAAAUAACCAAAUCAGCUUUUGAAAAUCUUUGGCAACAAAUAAUUUCUGAUAAUGAUGUAAUAGAUUUUUGUAAAAAUAAUUUGAUAGAAUGGAAACUGUUGCCUGAAUAUGCCCCGUGGCAUGGCGGUUUUUACGAAAGAUUAAUCGGUGAAAAUGAUAGUAAUGUAUUAACACCUAAUGAUUUGAUGAAUACCAAAUUCGAUUUUAUUCCGGAUAUUGAUAAUGUUAAAAAUAUUAAACGUGAUGUAAUCGUAAAUUUAUGGAAAAGAUCUAACGAUAUUAUUAAUCAAUUUUGGAACGUUUGGAAAUUUCAAUAUUUAACUAGUCUUCGUGAACGUAAUAUUAGUAUAAAACAAAAGAAAAAUGUAGUAGACUUAGUUCCUAAAGUAGGAGAUAUCGUAUUAAUUGAAGGUUAUCCGAACAAAAUCGGCGAUGAAAUGACCGAGUACCGAACGUUCGAAGACAGCUAUUUUCAUCUCACCGGAACCGAACAUGUCCAGAAAACAUCUACCCAGUUAUCACCAACGAAUACAAAUUGA